GCUAAAGCGCGCCGGUGCUGUUCGCUUCCUAGUUACUGCAGUGGUUUUUCUGUGGGUGUUUGUGAUGAAACUGGUGUUUCUGAACUGGGCUGGGUCGGUGCAGAUAGCUCUUGCUGUUGUGAGACUCCCGUACGGCGCUUGUACAAGUGGAUACUGUAAAGCCAUCAGCAGCAGAGUCACAAACCUCUGUACAUUAAACUCUGCCUUCAUGCCAUCAUCUGCCAUGCACACCAAAGCCCGCUGCCCAGUCUACCCCGGCUCCAGCACAAACCGCUUCCCUGUUCCAGAUGAUAAGGUCAGCUGGGCGACAGACUGGCCAGAAUACAGCCCUGUCAACUACACAGCUCCCUCUGUGCUGAAGAAUCCUGUGUGGGCUGAUCCAGAGAUUGGUUCUUUUUCUCCACAAUUUAACUCUCUUGAUGGGUCUGUGGACCGAAAAAGCCAUGAAGGAAAAUACACUGUAAAAGAUGGCAGACCACUUAAUCCAAGGGGAAGAACUGGUUUGAACGGGCGAGGAUUGCUGGGUAGGUGGGGUCCAAACCAUGCUGCAGACCCCAUAGUUACCAGGUGGAAGAGGGACUGUUCAGGCCAGCAUGUUUCUCAUGCCCUCUCUAAACUUCCUGUGCUGCAGUUUGUGUCCAUAAAGAGGAAGGAUUGUGGAGAAUGGGCCAUUCCAGGGGGUAUGGUGGACCCAGGAGAGUUAGUGUCUCUAACUCUGCAGCGAGAGUUCUCAGAGGAAGCACUGAACUCCCUUGAAGCCUCUGCAGAAGAGCGGGAAAAGAUUCGCGAGAGGAUCACUAAGCUUUUCAGUUCUCCAGGUUUUCAGGUGUAUAAAGGGUAUGUAGAUGACCCAAGAAACACAGACAAUUCCUGGAUGGAAACGGUUGCUGUUAACUUUCAUGAUGAAACAGGUGACAGUGUAAGUGAGCUGCCACUGCAAGCUGGUGACGAUGCAGGCCAAGUGAGCUGGAUUGAUGUCGACUCUUCUCAGCCACUGUAUGCCAGUCACUCCCAUUUUCUGCAGACGGUUGCCAAGGAGAGAAAUGCCCAUUGGUAACCGGGAGCAACGAUAAAUGCCAUUAAAGACACAAACCAAACACUUUACCUCUAUAGAUUGAAACAUUAGUCAUAAAAGACUAAAGCAUUUGGACAGGAUUAGUUCUGCAUGGGGAGGUGGAGUAAUGUACCGGUACUUUUCCUACAGGGAUAAAUGACUGGAAUGGGAGUGGCUACUCGAUUUACGCACUGCCAUAACUUCCAAAAAAUUAGAUGAAAACCAACAUUUUAACUUUAACACUAGCAUUAAUAAUGAAAUAUUAGUUUGAUAAUUUGCAGCUAUAUGCCUGUAACAUGUACAGUAUGUAGGCUGUAUGUCAUGGUGCACAAUCACUUGCCUACAGCUGGAGAAGCAUUGUGUCUCUUCUUUUGGAUUUGAGUGCUGUCCGUUGUGAAACAGCUAAGGUAUCUGUGCCACUCACAACAAAACGAAACACCUUCUUCAGCACAUCCGCACUUGAGAAAAGCAGCUAAAAACUCUAUUGUCACAGUAUUUUACAGAAUAUUUACCCACAUUUUGAUUGGCACAGGAUUUACUUGGCCUAAUGUCAAUUUUGUGGCUUGUUUUACUGAAGGUAAAUAUUUCCUGAUGCAGUAAAAAUUACUGACUUGUCACAAUCAGACAAGACUAAAAUCACUGGGAAUGUUGGGUAAUGAUUAAUUUAACCCCACCUCCCCAAAUAAAACUAAUCUCAUUCUAAUAGGGCUUAAGACUGUGUGCAGUGGAAUGGAGAUCUGAACCCAACUUUCUAGCUUGAGGACCAAUUUUUAGGGUUAUUCUUCUUGGUGCCAGUAACAAAAAGUUUGACAGGACAAGUAUUUAUGAUUUACAACAUGAUAGCAAAAGACAGUAAGAGCAGUUUCAGUCUGAUUCAAAUUGCAUCCAAAAAUUCAAGUUGAUUUUUUGACUGGCAAUCAAAUGUAUACUCAUACUGACAGCACUGCCUCAUACGGACAUGCAUAACAGCUACCAAAAUUCUCUCAUGUGCUUAUUAUGCUAUGCCAGUGCCUAUGUGCUAGAUAUUUAUGCAACUAAUUUAAAAUAUGGAAAAAUGAAGAUUUUAUCAUGUAUCCUGUCUUUUUUAAGGCACUUUCUCUUUCUCUCUCUCUAUGCACUGUGAUUUAAUAUAAUUAAUAAAGUCCUUAAAUAACCCUUA